AUGUGGGAUUUGAUCAACGACCAUUGCCGGAGUCUGAGAUGGAGUCCUGCGGACUUUGCCUGGCCCGCAGCUCUGCAAGCCUCGGGGACUGGCGAUGAUUAUUGCGAUAUUCCAACGGUGGACCUGCACCAGAAGCGGGGCACGCACAUGCACCAUCGUGCCCGUUUUCGGGAAAAGACAAUCCGGGAGUAUGAGAAACGCUUGCGCCUGUACUCAAGCCCCGUCAAGUUGUUCCGCUACUUUGCCACCAUCAAAAUGAAGAACCAUGCUGGCCGCUGGGAGGUGUACAUGACGCCGCAGGACUUUCUGCGCUCCAUAACGCCCGGAUCGGCCUCACAGCCAGAGCUCCUCGGCCUGGACAAGUACCACAAAGUAACUGAGGAGCGUGCCAAGAAGUAUAGCUGCUCGACGCUGGCCACCAACAGCAUAUUCUACAAGUUCCAAAAGGAUGGCCUGCUCACCUUUGGGGACUAUCUGUUCCUGGUCAUGCUGCUGUCCGUUCCGGAGCGUUACUUUGAUAUGGCCUUUCGCCUGUUCGACGUCAACGGCGAUGGGAAUCUGUCCCACGAUGAUAUGAACUUGUAUCUCUCGAAAGUCUGCCAGGGGGAUGGCCUUUUGAGGAACAUGAACAUCAAUCAAUUCUUCUUUGGCCCCAAACUGACACAGAAGCUCAACGUUAAUGUGUUCUUGGAGUUCCAGCGAACGCUGACCAGAGAGGUGCUGCUGCUCGAGUUCCAGGCUCUGUGUAAGAGCCACGCGACGGUGCUCAGCGAGGUGGCCUUUGCCAAAGUGGUGCUGGCCUAUUCCGCCGCCAGCUCCUCCGAGCAGUCGGCACUGCUGCUCCGCGUGCAGGAGAAGUACAAGGACUCUGAUCGCGGCAUAACGCUGGAUGAGUUUCUGGACUUUUUUACGUUCCUCAAAGACGUGGCCGCCGUGGAUGCAGCCCUGACCUUCCACUAUCUGAGUGGCGCCAACAUUUCGCGGCAGACCCUCAGCCACAUUGCCAAUGUCGUGGUGGGAGUGCACCUGACCGAUCACAUCAUUGACGUUAUUUUCACCAUCUUCGAUACGGAUGAUAAUGGUGUCCUCAGUCGCAAGGAGUUCUACCAGACGUUGCGGCAUCGCAUGACGCGCAGCACCCAAAAGAAGCCCGUCCAUUUGGCAUCCAUUAUGGGUAUUGCCUGCAAGUGUGCCGCCCAGGUGUUGGUGGAUCAAUAUUUAAACUGA